AUGGGGCUGGACUCCUACGUGGUUUUGUCCAUUAACGCCCUCAUGAAGCUGCCGCAGGUGUUGCUUCUCCCGUUUGGCAUGAUGAAUGACUGCUUCCCCAUCUUCGGCCAGCACAGGAAGCCCUACUUCGUGGCAUCCUGGAUCCUUGCCGGCAGCGCGCUGAUAGUGAUGAGCGCCCGGCCACUUCCUGAGCCCUACUACUGCCAGCACCCUGAUGGCAGCUUUGACGUCUUGUCGCCACCUUGCAAUCCCGAGAUCCAUGAUGAGAAGAUGUGGUAUGUCUUGCCACUUCUUGUUGUGGUCGCGGGCAUCCAGAUGGGCUGCGUGGCAGGAGAGGGACUCUUGCUGGAGUACUCCCAGUGCGAGCCAGUAGAGUGCCGAGGGAAGAUGAAGGCAGAGUUCACCAUGGUGACAAUGGGCGGCACACUGGUUUCCUCGGCUUUCGUAGGGGUAUUCAUGAAUGGGAAGGAGUACCUGGGCACUUUCAAUUGGAGCCUGUCCUUCCGCGACCUCUCGGGCGUGUGCUUACUCAUCGUCACGUUCAUGCUCCCCAUCAGCCUUCGGUGUGUUCAAGAGCCCAAGAAGCUUGCGCGCCCAUCAUGCCGCGAAAACAUGAAAUCCUCUUGGAAGCUCGUCAAGAACAAAGGCCUGUCGAACGUGCUGCUCUUUGGCUUCAUCAUGCAGUUCUUCGCCACCAUCUCCACGACUGCAGGGCCCAUGGUGCGCAGCCAGUGGGCCGGGGUCAAGGUUUUACAGCAGCAAAUGUUUGUCAUGUGCAGCAUGCUGGUGAUGAUGUUGGCAACUUGGCUCUACAAGGAGCACUGCCUACAAACAUGCUGGCGCAAGGCGAUACUUUUUGCGAUUGUAGGCGUGACCUUCUCCGAUGCCAUCCCUACCUUUCUUGCAGUCUUCAAUGUAAUUCGGAAUCAGUACUUCUUCCUCGGCGAAGACAUCCUCGGCGCAGUCCCCACAACGGCGCUCUCCUUGGUGCUGAACUUGAUGAUCAUUGAACUCGCAGAGCCUGGGCGAGAAGGCCUCUGCUACGGCUUGAUUGGGACUGUGAUGCAUGCCAGCCAGCCCGUCGCCACCGCCGUGAGCAAUCAGGUUUUUGGUCUCUUCGAACCCAACUUGUCCGAUCCCCGCAACUACCUAGCGGACACGCCCAGCUUUCGGACAACUGUGGCCUGGUCCUACGCGGUAGCCUACAGUGCCUCCAUGCUUGGUGUACUGGCACUGCCGCUGAUCCCGUGGCAAAAGGCUGAUGCCCAGAGGCGCAAGAAG